AAUAUUGUAUUUGGAUUUUGUUCUCAGCUAUAACACGAAAACCCUAUGAGGGUUUGGUUUUGUUUCAAGAGAUGAACGUGUCGUCUGCCAAUGUGACGGUGGUUUUACAGUAUCGGGACUCCUUCACUAAAGCUGUGGUCAAAAAUGUGAUCGUUGUGGUUCUCGGGAUCUCCAUCAACUACAUCAAUGCAGGCCUCAUUCACACCUUCUGCAAACACCAGAUCUUCUACAGGAAUCCUCGAUAUAUACUUUUCAUUCAUCUGGUGGUCAACGACAUGAUCCAAGUGACGGUGACUGUCACCAUGUUCAUCAUAAGCUACGUCCUCUUUAAAAUAAAUGUCUCCCUCUGCUCCAGUUUAAUCCUGCUCUCUGUUUUUGUCACUCAAAACACCCCUCUGAACCUGGCCUGCAUGGCGGUAGAGUGCUACAUCGCCAUCUGUCUUCCUCUCCGUCACGUUCAGAUCUGUACAGUCAAGAGAACGUUGAUGCUGAUUGGUUUGAUCUGGUCGACGAGCAUGUGUUUUGCUCUUCCUGAUCUGUUCAUCACUUUGGCCACAGAGCAGCUGGACUUCUUUUAUUCCAGAGUCUUCUGUCUCCAGAAAAAUGUCUUCCCAAAUCCCCACAUCAGCAAGAAGAGAGAUAUCACAUAUUCAGUGUUUCUUGUUAUAGUUUGGAUCACUAUUGUUUACACAUACUUCAUAAUCCUUUUCACUGCAAAAACAGCUAGCAAAGACGCUAAAAAAGCCAGAAACACUAUCCUCCUCCAUGGGUUUCAGGUUAUGCUUUGUAUGGCAACAUAUAUUGCCCCCCAGUUGAAAGAGGCUCUGCUGCAGUGGUUCCCUAAGAAUUACACAGACUCUUUAUUUGCCUGUUAUAUUAUAAUACAGGUCCUGCCACGAUCCAUUAGCCCAAUCAUCUAUGGCAUACGAGACAAGACUUUCAGGACGUACCUGAAACGGUAUCUGGUAUGUAAAAUGAGCCCAAAGUAA